AUGGAUAAUUCUCAAUUUAGCUAAAAGCUAUAGACUUUGUCCCUAAAACUCGAAACCUUAGCUUUUAGAAUAAUUAAAUUGUCAAGUGUUACUGAAAAUGCAGAAGACUAUACCAGAUUCUAGUAUUACCAUUUUAAAAAUGAGAUAUUAGAGUUAACUUCUGAGAUAUCUGCUGAUAUUGAGGAAUUUGGAGAGGAUGAAAAGAAGAAAAUAGAUGCAAAGAUUGUAUUUGAUGCCUUUAAUCAACAAAUAUAAAAAUUAGAAAGGAUUUUUCUGUCAGAAGAUGUUUAUGCCUUCAACUAAAAGCAACUCUUCGAAGCUGGCUUUGAAAACGGUAUGGAAUCUGGUCCAAGGAGAACUACAAUUAUUACAAAAAAGUCAAGUUCACAAGUAGCUGAUUUAGAAUUGUCCCAUGAAGAUAGAUAAAUUGAAUAAAACAUAUUAUCAAUGACUUAAGAUCAGAUCAGCUAAGAGAAAUCUGAUUCGAUAGCUGUACUAAAACUGGCUGCAGUUUAUGAAUCAUAAGAGGAGUCGCAGAAAUAGGUAGAAAAGUAUGCCUCUAUGCUAAAUAUGGAUAAUUUUAAGGAGUUUCUUUGUCAGCACAAAGUUGAGGCCACUAAGGAAGGCGAUCUAAAAGCUCAAUCUAGGAAGAAGGGCCUUAAAAAACUAUUUGGAAAAUUCUUAGGAGGAAUCCUAGGCAAUCUCUUAGCAUUGAAGCAUCACAAGAAAAGUAAAAAGGCAAUGAAGCGAAUGUUUUGGAAGAAAUAUGAAAGCUAGAUCUAAGAAAUUGAGAAACCCUUGGAUGAAGGUGUUAGAACCUAAGAGAUGCAAAACUAGGUUUGA